AAAAAAAAUAAAACAAAGCAAAACAAAAAUAAAUGAUGAUUAUGAAAUCCUUUUUUCUUUUCUGGACUACAGUCGUAUUAACGGUGACAAGUAUCAAGGCACUACCUUUGGCAAACAAACGAAGUGGUACAGCAUGGAACUAUUGGCAAAACAAGGCAUGGGGACCGAAUUUGGGGAAUUGGCUUAUUCUUGAAAGAUGGAUGGGAAGUGAAGUGUUUGAUCAAGCUGGUUCUAAUGCACAAGAUGAAUGGACAUUCUCUGCCAAUGUUCCUAAUGCGGCAACACUCUUACAACAACAUUGGGAUAGCUGGGUGACGGAAGACGACUUUAAGACAUUGGCUAGUGUCAAGGUGAAUCAUAUCCGAAUUCCUGUGGGCUUCUGGGCAUUCAUCACACCUGAUCAAGGCGAACCUUACGUGUCAACAGGACAAAAAGCACAAAUUGAACGUAUCUUGGGCUAUUGCGCGACAUAUCAAAUCUAUGCUAUCAUUGAUCUUCAUGGAUUACCAGGUUCUCAAAAUGGGGAAGAUCAUUCAGGUCAUAUUGGUAACAAGGAUUUCUUCACUACUUACAACAUCAACCGAUCACUUCAAACCGUACAAGCAGUGGUGGAUUGGAUGAAUGGAUUGGAUUCACAAUUGAAGAAUCAGAUCGCAGGGAUUGAAUCAGCCAAUGAACCUCGUCCGGAUAAUGAUAGUGACAACGCCAUGCUACGUGAUUACUACCAACGCGCCUACAACAUCAUUGCUGCAUCUGCUUUCAAGGUACCGAUGAUUUUUCAUGAUGCAUUCAAAGGACCUUCGUAUUGGAGCGACUUUUUACCUGCACCUGCCAACGCCGUUCUUGAUUUACAUCCUUAUUGGGCUUUCUCUUCUACGAGCGAUCAAACUACCAUCUUGAAUCAAGUAUGUGAUAAACUCACUGGUGACAAUAAUUUCCACUUACCUGUGCUUUAUGGUGAAUGGUCAUUGGGUUCGGCUGUUUCUUCUUCUGAUUCUUGGUUACGUCAAUUUAUGGAUACCCAAGUGUCUGUGUAUCAAAAAGGGAAUGCUGCUGGUGCUGUCAUGUGGGCUCUCAAGAACUCGAUCAAUUCUGAUGUUUGGUCUUUUGAACAAUUGAUCAAAGAAGGUUAUAUUAACGAUGGUACUUUUUCUUUGCAUACAAACGCAAAAUGUUGAAUAGUAUAAUGUAGUUUUAGUCUUAGGAUAAUCUUUUUUUUUUUUAAUGAUAUGUCAUCAAAUAAAUACAAAUGAUUUCUCUCCUA